GCAUGGGCAGGGACUUGGCUGCAGUUCUACAGUUGGAAAAUCUGACUGGGGCAGCUUCUGAACACAGGCUGGGCCUGCUCACACUCGGCAGGCUGAGCGGCCGCCUCCUUCAGAGCCUCUGCGCACUCGGGGACGCUGGGCGAUUUUCAUCAGCCGCUUUGGGAAGCACACGAGGGAGAUGCCUCAGGAACAAUACACACACCACCGGAGCACCAUGCCCAGCUCCGAGGGGCCACAGGUAUACAAGGUGGGCAUUUAUGGCUGGCGGAAAAGGUGCCUGUAUUUCUUUGUCCUACUCCUGAUGAUUUUAAUACUGGUGAACUUGGCCAUGACCAUCUGGAUUCUCAAAGUCAUGAACUUCACAAUUGAUGGAAUGGGGAAUUUGAGAAUCACAGACAAAGGUCUAAAACUAGAAGGAGACUCAGAAUUCUUGCAACCUCUCUACGCCAAAGAAAUCCAGUCCCGACCAGUAAGUACUGCCAUGAGAAAAAGGAGUGGUGAUUUCUCAGGAAUCUAA